AUGUAUUCAUCAUUAAUGAUCAUGGAGAGUCCUCUGAUCAUUACACCAGAAGGACAAAGUCCUUGGCAGCCAUUAUCUCUAGUCGUAGCUGUGGGACUCAGCAGUAGUCUAGUGAUAGUUGGGAUGGCACUGGGUUUAGGCUUGGGUAUCGGAGUGAAUGACAGCAACCAAAAAUUAAUAUUCGUUACAGCCACAAGCUCAAUAACAGGGUCUACUUCUAACAUCAUAUCCAUCAAUAAUGGAAAUUCGACAAUAGCCACAAUAACAGCGACAAGAACAGCAAUAACAGCAACAACAGCAACAACAUCAACAACAUCAUCAACAACAACGACAAUAACAACAACAGGUUAG